AUGUGGUCAGUAGCUGGAAAUACUGAGCACUAGUGGAGCGAAGCGCACCAGACUGAGAGAGCGCACGGGAACUUGUAGACAACACUGUUGUUAUUAUUAAUUCUCUAAUUUCUUCUUUUUUUUCUUUUUUUAAAUUAAGAAAUCGGCUGAGAGUAAAUGUAUAAUUUUGAUAUGUUCAGUCCUUUGGCACAUUUUCAUCUGACAAGAGCAUGACGACUGCCGUUCAUACGACUGAUUUUACUUGAGGCUAAAGGAGAGAAAGCGAAAUGGAGACGUUUACAAUACACGACAUUCUCCUAAAUUCAACUGAUCUCAACAGAAUUUUGUGCAAUUUCGGGAUCAAGAAUAUUUCGGAGUGCGAGAGCGAGCAGGAUCCCUCACCCGAACCUAAAGAUAUCAACCAGACAGUGCGGAUCGUCCUCUACAGCCUCAUCUUCCUCCUCAGCGUCCUGGGCAACAGCCUCAUCAUCGCUGUCCUGGUGAGGAACCGGCGCAUGAGGACCGUCACCAACCUCUUCCUGCUGUCUCUGGCCGUCAGCGACCUGAUGGUGUCCCUGGUCUGCAUCCCCUUCACCCUCAUCCCCAACCUCAUGAGGGACUUCAUCUUUGGUAUAGGCAUAUGCAAGCUGGUCAUGUACUUCAUGGGUGUCUCAGUAAGUGUUUCCACUUUCAACCUGGUGGCCAUCUCCUUGGAGCGCUACAGUGCCAUUUGCAACCCGCUGACCUCCAGAACAUGGCAGACCAAAUCCCACGCCGCCAAGGUCAUCACUGCCACCUGGGUGGCUUCCUUCAUCAUGAUGCUGCCCUACCCCAUUUCCAGCACCCUUAAGCCUUUUACUCGUAUGAACAACAGCACUGGGCACAUGUGCCGCCUGGUGUGGCCCAACGACAUCAUCCAGCAGUCCUGGUAUGUGUCUUUGUUGUUGCUGCUCUUCCUAAUCCCUGGGAUCGUCAUGAUGACAGCCUAUGGACUCAUCUCCAUGGAGCUCUACAGGGGCAUCAAGUUUGAGCUGUCCAACAGGAAAUCCAGUAGAGAGAGACAAUGCAGCACUGGCAGCAUCAAGCCCGGUGACAGUGACGGCUGUUACGUGCAGCCGUCUAAAAAGAAGAGCAUCACCAUGAGUACAGGCAACUGUCCUAGCUCCAGCAGCAAGCCCAUGGUGGGCCGUGUGUGCAGCAGCAGCUCUACAGCCAACCUGAUGGCCAAGAAGCGUGUGAUCCGCAUGCUCCUGGUCAUCGUCUUCCUCUUCUUCCUGUGCUGGACUCCCAUCUUUGUGGUCAACGCGUGGCAGGCUUUCGACCGGCGCUCGGCCCACCGCCUGACCGGCGCGCCCAUCUCCUUCAUCCACCUACUGUCCUACACCUCGGCCUGCGUCAACCCCAUCAUUUACUGUUUCAUGAACAAGCGUUUCCGCCAGGGCAUGCUGGCCACCUUCAGCUGCUGCAGCUGCUUCAGGGCGAGCAGUGGAGGAAGUGGCGGCUUAGGGAGGUCAGCUGGAAGCGGAACGGCUAAAGGGGAGGCGGGCAGAUCAAGAGCAGGGCCCAAGACCACUGAGCAGAAUGGUCAUACCCCUCCAAGUGGAGCCAGCACACGCUUCACCUACACCGGCAUCCGCACAUCAGCCUGGAGUGAGCUGACUUAAAGUGGCCUGAUCCUGUACGUCUGCAUGUGAGAGCACAGGCCUGAGUGCAAACACUUGUAAGGAAUCUGUGGUGUGUUGAUUUAACAUAAAGCCCUCGCAGUGCUUAUAGUUUAUGAGCGGCUAUGUUGCUUUAGCUUGGAGUGUGACAUGACGUGGGCUCAGUGGUUAAUGACCGUGGAGCUGAAGUGUACAUUCAGUGCUGUCACAGCAGAUCAACAGCGCCAGAUGUUUCCCUAAAAGCCUGCAGUGUCCGGCGUGGCUGACUGAUGCCUGAUCAUAUAUAGCCCUGAAGGGCCACAAGUCUGACAUGGAGAGGAAGUGAUUUCACAAAGCAGAAUAACAAUUGAUGUAGAUUACCGUCCUGUUCAUACUCUGUUUAAACACAUUGUAAUUGUGCCUCCACCGCAGCCAUACAGGGACGCAGCAGUCUCUCCACUCGUUCCAAUCAGUGCCAGACGGUUCAGCCUGUGCAAAUCAAAGAAAGAAAAGAAAGAAAAAAACUGGUCACAACAAGGCUGUUUCUGGAAAGACUCAUUGUCGUUAUCUCAAAAGGCAGAUAUCUCAGAACAUGGGCAAAUAUAAACAUAGAUAUCUGCAUGGAGCAACAAAGCUAAACGGAAAUUAGAAAAUAUACUCUAUUAUUAUUAUUAUUAUUAUUAUUAUUAUUAUAUAAUAUUUGUUUUACUGUUUGGAUUUCAGUUGAACGGACCCUUAAAGAUUAGGUUACAUACCAAUAUCGUGCUUCAAGGAAAACGCUUGACCCAGAUGAUAUUCUUAAAGGGGUCACGCCGGUUACCAAAGCAGUGUCACCUCAAGGGCCAUUUUAGGGCCUCGUUCUGCAGUUUUUCAGUCAUAUCACAUCAUCAUAAUCAGCAGAUGAAGUUUGUCCAGUUGUCACGGCUCAAGCAUGAACUUUCAUUUUGGCACUUUCAGCAGCAGCUGCCUGUCUCGCUGCAACGUAACCGUCCUCAAAACAGCCCCCCCCCCCCCGGGGCACAAACAGUUCUGUCUCAUCCUUGACCAACUGUUUGUGUGUCUGUGUGCCUAAAGGGUGGGGGGGUGGGGGGGUUGUACUGUGUGUGCUAACUGGAGAGGCCUUAUCAUGUUGUGGGACCUUAACCACCUGUAACCUCCCUUCUUCAAAGAGUGAAUUCCCGGCAUUACCCACCUGAUUUCCACUGAUUCAUACCGUUAAAUAUAGCAGCGUCAAUGUAGCAACUUGUUCCUGUUUUGUUUCUUCGUAUCAGUAUGUUGCAUUGUUACUAUGACCUGAAUAUUGUUCUGUAAAUUCUUACUUUUAGGUUUUCUGUUUGAUUGCAUGAUAUCGUGCGUAUUUUGACUUGUGGGCACAUAAUUGAAUGUAAAAACAUAAUCCCAGCGAGUUUACUGGUUUCUUAUGUACAUCUAAAAGCGCUACUGGGAAUUGUAUUGCGUUCUCUUACAAACCUACAACGCAUCUAUGAGUAACCAAUGUCUGGUUGACCAUAUAAAGACCUCGAAUGCCCACUGUGCAACUGCAUUUACAAAGACUUGCGGCAGAGCAACUUGGAGCUUUUAACGGCUUUAAUAAAAGUGGAUCUGAAGGACAGAAGGCAUUAGAGGCAAGACAAGUGGUGGAAAGGCAGAGGGGAGGGGGAUCUGCUGGGACUUCUUCCCAAGGAUAAGAGCUCCAUUUGGGCUUGGUAGAUGCCCUAAAGCCCCACCUGCCUUCACCCUGCACCCCCUGGGAGAUGUUUACCUGAAGGAAGAAAGGAUGACUAUGGCUGGACAGGUUAUUCAUUUUCAGUGUGUAAAAAAACAACAACAACAUGCUUCAGCUUCUGAUGACAAUUAAAAACAUACACAAACAGA